GGGCGUACGCGCGGCGCUGACGUACCGGCGCGCCGGAAGUGGGGGGCGCAGCUCCGGACGGCGGGAGGAUUUGGCGGCAGCGGCGGAGCGCAGCGGCAAACGCAGCACCAUGAGCGUGCAACUGAGCGAGGGUGCCAUCGCGGCGAUAAUGCAAGGGGAGAACGUCUGCAAGCCCGUGCUGCAAGUAAUUAAUACACGGGCUAUAGCUACAGGAAACGGGCCACCACGUUACCGAGUGUUGAUGAGUGAUGGGGUUAACACACUCUCCUCGUUCAUGUUGGCAACACAGCUGAACUCUCUGGUGGAAGAGGAACGCUUAUCAGCCCAAUGUAUUUGCCAGGUUAACAGAUUCAUUGUCAACAGCCUGAAAGAUGGAAGGAGAGUGGUUAUACUGAUGGAUUUAAAUGUUCUGAAAACUGCUGAUAAGGUUGGUGGGAAUAUUGGCAAUCCAGUGCCGUACAAUGAAGGGCAAGGGCAGCAACGUUCUUCAGCUCCAGCAGCAAAUCCAGCACCCAGCAAACCACAGCAACAAAACGGCAGUUUGUCAGUAGCAGGUCCUGCUGCUGUCAAGUACCACGCUCCCUCAAACCAGUUUGGUAAAGCGAGCACUCCCAGCUCAAUGAAGACACCAGGGGGAUCACAGGCCAAAGUAGUGCCGAUUGCCAGCUUGAACCCAUACCAAUCUAAGUGGACCAUUUGUGCUCGUGUUACCCAAAAAGGCCAGAUCCGCACAUGGAGCAACUCCCGCGGUGAAGGAAAGCUCUUUUCUGUAGAGCUAGUUGAUGAAAGUGGUGAGAUUAGAGCUACUGCAUUCAAUGAUCAAGCAGACAAGUUCUUUCCACUCAUUGAAUUGAACAAGGUAUAUUAUUUUACCAAAGGCAAUUUGAAGACUGCUAACAAGCAAUAUACAGCUGUUAAGAAUGACUAUGAGAUUACAUUCACUAAUGAGACUUCAGUUGUGCCCUGUGAUGAUGCCCAGCAUCUUCCAUCUGUUCAGUUUGAGUUUGUAUCUAUCUCUGACUUGGAGAACACACCUAAGGACUCGAUUGUUGAUGUAAUUGGGAUUUGUAAGAGCUAUGAAGAUGUCACUAAAAUUACAGUGAAAGCUAACAAUAGGGAGGUAUCAAAGAGGAACGUGCAUCUGAUGGAUACAUCAGGGAAACUGGUGACAGCUACGCUAUGGGGAAAUGAGGCUGAACAGUUUGAUGGUUCUAGACAACCUGUGAUAGCCAUCAAAGGAGCCAGAGUCUCUGAUUUUGGUGGUAGAAGCCUGUCUGUCCUGUCCUCGAGUACAGUUGUUAUCAACCCUGAUAGCCCAGAGGCUUUUAAGCUCCGAGGAUGGUUUGACUCUGAGGGGCAGCUUCUGGAAUGUACCUCAAUCUCUGAUGUGAGGGGUGGGCCAGCGUCUGGAGCAAAUACCAAUUGGAAAACUUUGUUUGAAGCCAAAUCUGAGAACUUGGGACAAGGAGAUAAGGCGGAUUAUUUUAGCUGUGUGGGCACAGUCGUACAUCUGCGCAAAGAGAACUGUAUGUACCAGGCAUGUCCCUCUCAGGAUUGCAAUAAGAAAGUGAUAGACCAACAAAAUGGACUGUAUCGUUGUGAAAAGUGUGAUCGUGAAUUCCCCAACUUCAAGUACCGCAUGAUGCUUCUGGUGACCAUUGCAGACUGCCUAGAAUAUCAGUGGGUGACUUGUUUCCAAGAGUCAGCAGAAUUCAUUCUUGGGCAAAACGCAAAUUUCCUGGGAGAACUGAAGGAAAAGAAUGAGCAGGCAUUUGAAGAAGUGUUCCAAAACGCAAACUUCAACACGUAUGAGUUCAGGAUCAGAGUAAAACUGGAGACUUACAACGAUGAAUCUCGUAUUAAGGCUACAGCAGUGGACGUCAAACCUGUGAACUACAAAGAGUACAGCAAGAGAUUGAUUGCAAGCAUCAGGAGAAAUGCUCAGCUAGGAUGAGGAGGCUGCUACAGACUGAAGUUAGGACUUCCAGGGAAAAACUCAAUAUAUGCUAUUAUAUGGGCUUCCCCGCCCCGCCCCCUUUGGUGUGUGACAAUUUGGCAUUAGUUACACUGUGCAUGAUAGUCCAGUGUAGUGGGCUAUGAGUGAUUUAAUGCAUUUCUGAAGAUAGGCCCCUGGUAGUUAAGAGUGCACUCUAAUGGCAAUGAUAUUGUAGACUGUUGUGGUCUAUUAAGCUGUCACAGCUCUAAAGAGGAAUCUCUAGACAGAUUGCCAGGGUCUUUAGACAAACCAUUCAGAAUGUCUGAAGUAACUUUGCUUUCUUACUGUAUGUAAAGCUGAAUUAUAUAACCAUUGUGUCGUCUUCGCAAGAAAGUAGUGACAACCUUGACACCUUGACUUGUUCAGCAGAGGGUAGGAGGAAGAGUGUCAUACAGCUUUCAGAUCUGGACGAAGGAGAACAGGUCUAUUAGCGCAAGUUAGUUCCUUUCCAUAGAAUUCAAAGGCUUUCUCUUUCCACAGGUGCCAUGCAGUUGUUAAUGCUUGGAAUGGCAAUUUGGUAGAAUUAUUAAUCAAAGACAUAUCUCUUAUAUCUGAAGAAUAUCCUUCCUUCAGGGUUUAAUAGACUGAGUCAGAUGGGUCUGAUAUUAAUCAAAAUUGUCUCUUCUGAAGAAGGCAGAUAAGCAUUGACUCUCCAUCCCCCAGGGAAAUCUAGGCAACUACAAAGCAUUGCUUUAGUUUUCUCUUCAAUUAAUACUAUGGAUUUUUGACUGAUUUUUUUUUUCUUUAGCUCACAUUUCUUGCCUAUACAUAUUUUGUGUGUUUGUAUGUUCAGUUUCUUUGAGUUUAUUUGUAAUGUUAUUAAUCAGAAACAGGUCUUCAGAUGGGGGGAGCUUUGUUUCAAUAAACACUGUUUAAUUCCUGUGUA